UCUUGUCUAUAGUUGAAAAGCGUGAGGAGCUUGCAUUUUACUGGGUCUGUCUUUUAAAAAUUAAAAAGGAAACUGAAUUGUGAAGAAAUGUAAAGGUCUGUGCCUCUUCUGGGUAGUCUCUUGUUUUGAGUCCUUGUAAAAAAGUUUCAUCAUGACAACAGAGAAGAGUCUAGUGGCUGAGGCCGAGAAUCCUAAGCAACAGCAGCAGCAAAAAGAGGAGGAGGGAGCUGCUGACACACAGAAGCAAGAGGCGUCUCUGGAGGAGGCUUCCCAACAGGCAUCUGAGGGGCAUAAUCAAACGGGACAGAAACAGAAGGCAUCCAACGGCGAUACCCCCACACACGAAGACCAGAGCAAGAACAAAGAGCGCUGCACUUCAGAGAGUCGGGGGCUGUCACGCCUGUUUUCAUCAUUUCUCAAAAGACCCAAGUCUCAAGUUUCUGAAGAGGGCAAAGAAGGGGAGACUCCACAAGAGAAAGGUGAAGGAGGUCAGAAAGAGACAGAUCUAGGAGCCAGUCCUGAUGAAGAAAUCCUACUGAAGGCCCCAAUAGCAGCUCCUGAACCUGAACUCAGGACUGACCCAUCUUUAGAUCUUCAUUCACUAAGCAGCGCAGAAACACAGCCUGCUCAGGAGGACAGGAGAGAAGAUCAAGACCCAGAGAGCAGAGACCUUGAGAUUAAGGAAGGAGACGGAGUGCAGGAAGAGUGUUCCAAGGCAGAGUUGAAAAGAGAGAACCCUGAGACAAAAGCAGACCAAGAAUUAAAAGCCACCCAGAAAUCAGUAAGAAGACACAGAAAUAUGUACUGCAAGGUUUCCUUGCUGGAUGACACCAUUUACGAGUGUGCUUUGGAUAAACAUGCUAAGGGUCAGGAUCUGCUUAGAAAAGUAUGCGAGCACCUCAAUCUUCUGGAAGAAGACUACUUUGGACUGGCCGUAUGGGACUCUCCAACUUCCAAGACAUGGUUGGAUUCUGCCAAAGAAAUAAAAAAGCAGGUUCAUGGAGGCCCCUGGAACUUUACAUUCAAUGUGAAGUUUUAUCCACCAGAUCCAGCACAGCUGACAGAGGAUAUAACGAGGUAUUAUUUGUGUCUUCAGCUUAGACAUGACAUUGUUACAGGGCGUCUGCCUUGUUCCUUUGCGACACUGGCCCUGCUGAGUUCUUACACAGUCCAGUCUGAAUUGGGAGAUUAUGACCCGGAGUUACAUAGUGCAGAUUAUGUCAGUGAGUUUAAACUGGCCCCAAACCAGACAAAGGAACUUGAAGAAAAAGUCAUGGAACUACAUAAAACAUACAGAUCCAUGACUCCAGCCCAAGCAGACCUCGAAUUUCUUGAGAAUGCAAAAAAGCUAUCUAUGUAUGGAGUUGACCUUCACCAAGCCAAGGACUUGGAGGGAGUUGACAUCAUUCUGGGAGUCUGUUCCAGUGGCCUUCUUGUCUAUAAAGAUAAACUGAGAAUCAACCGCUUUCCUUGGCCCAAAGUGCUGAAGAUUUCCUACAAACGCAGCAGCUUCUUCAUUAAGAUCCGGCCAGGGGAGCACGAACAAUAUGAAAGUACCAUUGGAUUCAAACUACCUAGUUAUCGGGCAGCUAAGAAACUGUGGAAAGUCUGUGUUGAACAUCACACUUUUUUCAGGCUAACUUCCCCUGAAGCUCUUCCCAAGAGCAGAUUCCUGGCACUGGGCUCUAAAUUCCGUUAUAGUGGACGGACGCAGGCCCAGACAAGACAAGCUAGUGCCUUGAUUGACAGACCUGCUCCACAGUUUGAACGAACAGCAAGUAAACGGGCAUCUAGAAGCCUUGAUGGAGCUAAACAUACGUCUCAAAAAAUUGAGGUCAGACCUAUAUUGGAGGAGAAGCAGGAGGAUGUGGUGAUGGUUGAGAUUCCAGAAUCAAAACCUGUGGAACAGUUCGGAGAGAAGCCAGCCAAACAUACUUUUGAAAAUAUUGAGAUGAAACCAAUAGCAGAAGAAGAGGAAGAGGAGAAAGUGGAGGUGUUUAAGGUUACUGUUCCAGAAUCAAAAUUAAUGGAACCAUUCCAAAAACAGCCAGUUAUACAUGUCCUUGAAAAUAUUGAGAUAAGCCCAAUAGACGAAGAUGAGGAGGAAGAGAAAGUGAUGACGAUGAAAGAUCUAGAACUAGAGCCCAAAUUUCUGGAACCAGUCCAAAAGGAGCCAGCAGUAGCGGUGGUUACACCUGACCGAAGCCCACGGCCCACCUCUGCACCAGCCAUUGCUCAGAGACAUGUUGUUGAACCUACCCCACCAGCUGCAUCAGAAACCAAGGAAAUAGUAGUAGUUUCUAAAGUGGAGAAGGAAGCUGUGAAAACUGAGGGAAAGCAUGAAGAAAUGCUACCUGAGAAGGCGAAGAUGGAACCAUCUGAAGUGGCCAAGGUGGGGAAAACGCACAGCGAGGUCACAUUGCCUACCACAAAUGGUGACCAGCCUCAGCAGCCUGCAGAAAAAGAGGAAGAUCCGAUAAGAAUGAGGAAGAAAAGAUCAAAGAAACUAGAUGGUGAAAACAUUUAUAUCAGGCAUAGCAAUUUAAUGUUGGAGGAACUAGAUAAAACUCAAGAAGAAAUAAAGAAACAUCAUGCUAACAUCAGUGAGCUGAAGAAGAACUUUAUGGAGUCCGUCCCCGAGUCCCGGCCUAGUGAAUGGGAUAAGCGCCUGUCUACUCACUCCCCCUUCAGAACAUUUAACGUCAAUGGGCAGGUCCCCACCGGAGUGGAAGGAAGUCUGUGUGACUUUCCCCCCAAAACGGAUGUGGAUGCAGUGACAGAGAGGAAAAGUACUAACCCUGACUUUGAAUUGGUGGGCCCAAAGCAUUCAGUAGCCUGUAGUGAGAACCAAAUGUCAACUCCACCAGAGUCUUUACAAAGUCAUGACUUUGGCACUUCCUCCCUAAGCAGUGAGGAGGAGGAGAGAGCCCUUGUAUUCCUUGAGAGCCAGGAUGACCUAACAUAUGAAAAAGGUUAUGCAGGUGUGGAAAAGCAGGCAGAUGACUCAGAUGGGCAGUCUGUGGUGGAGACCCCUACAAUCUCUGUUUCACCUCCACUGCAUCCCUGUCAGAGAGAGGAGGAGACAGAGAAUGUUGAAGAAAAUUAUUUUACAAGAGAUCCACUUAGAAAGCUAAAUGGAGUGUGUCACAACUGGACUAUUGAUAAUGGGCUUCCCACACUCAUUCGCUGUUUUCAGCCACCCCUAGUGAAGACUCAGACAGUUACCAUCUCUGACGUGUCCAAUGCUGUGAAAAGUGAAAUUCCAACAAAAGAAGUUCCCAUUGUUCACACAGAGACCAAGACCAUCACCUACGAAGCUGCACAGACAGAUGAUGGCAAUGGGGACUCAGACCCUGGAGUCCUGCUCACUGCUCAGACCAUCACGUCAGAGACCACCAGUAGCACAACCACCACACAGAUUACAAAGACUGUAAAAGGUGGAAUUUCAGAGACAAGAAUUGAAAAAAGAAUUGUCAUCACAGGAGAUGCAGACAUUGACCACGAUCAGGUUCUAGUACAGGCCAUCAAAGAAGCAAAAGAGCAGCACCCGGACAUGUCUGUGACCAAGGUCGUUGUCCACCAGGAGACAGAGAUUGCUGAAGAAUAGCAAGGCCAGGAGAUGUUUCUCUCUGCCUGAGAGAACGCCAGAAAGGGAGGAGAGAGCGGUAGGGGAAAAACUGCAGAGAAACUACCUGGAGCACAAAGACCACAGAUUUACAAGCUUUGCUGUCAAUAACUGAACAUUCAUAUCACUUACUAGGAGUUACGCUUUGACACUUACUUGGGAUUUUCCAGAAUAUAGUGGAUCCUUUUGAAUAUUUUUAUAUUGUAAAACAGUAUGCCAUACUUCUCACUGUACUGAAUGUUUUUUUUUAAAUAGGUUUUCAGUUUUGCAUUCCCUCAUGCAUAGCCUCCAUAGGUCCUCACAAAAGGGUUGGUUCUUAAGUCUUAUUCCUUCAGAUAUACUGGGGUUAAGCCACGCUCAUGCAUAUCUUAGAAACUGCACCUUAGAAUAACAGCUGUUUGAAAACCCUAGUGAUUGAUGGAGCCUUCUGCCAGAAGAAUCCGUUUACUUAGAUGUCCGUGUGUGGCAUUUCUACUUGCCUCUUGCGAUUGGCUCUAGAUAUUUCCAGAAAACUCCAAGUCUCUCUACCCAGGUGUUUCUAUACCUUUACUCUGCAUUUCCUUGCUUUUAUGGGUUUUGGUCCCUUGAUGUUGUUUGAACAUAGUGUGUGUGUGGGGAGGGGGAGGGGUUUGUGGUGUAAUAUUCACACAUUUCAGUAGUUGGCUAGAUUAAGGAAUACUGGAAGUUGCUUUACAUCUCUCUUAUACUGUGAAUUCUAGAGCAUUAAGAGAACUGUGACAGGGCACUACCCCUUCCUGCUCCUCAGAGACUGCAUUUCUACUGAAUGCUACCUACCUAUUUUUGCUUUCUAGAUGCCAUUUAAAUAAGUCUAUUGAAGUGUGUGGUUAAGGGGUUUGGGCUCUGAAUGCUAUAUGGUAGGCUAUGCAUUAGUUGAUUUCUCAGUGUCAGACUUUUAUUUGUUUAAUUUUUCAAUAAGUUUGUAAAUCAUGUUUUUUCCAGUACCAUUUAAAGCUAAGCACAUUACCCACAAAUCAGGGCAGGGUGUGUGUGUGUGUGUGUGUGUGUGUAAUCUUAACUUAAUUUAAAAUCAUCUCUUAGACACUCUCACCUUCCUAGACAUGUAAGCUCAAUUUGGGCUGGCAGUCCAAGACAUUCUCACAGCUGUAGAUUAUAGCAACCAGUGGGAACAAAGUCAAACCAUUUGGAAAGUGCAUAUUUGGAAAGAUCACUGGCAUUCCCCUCUCUACAUAAAUUAAGGUUCUGUAGUACACUGGCUCCUUCACUGCCAUGCUGCAAUGAAACACCAGGGCCAGAGCUGAAAACUGCAGCCAGCUUCUGGAUGAUGGUGCAUUCAGAUCUAUAAUGAUAGCUCCCAGCUGCUGUUUUUAAAACAUCCCGUGUAUUUUACCAGAAAAGCACUGAAAGUAUUUUUUCUAGAUACUCCUGUCAUAUCCACUAUAGCAGCUUAUGGCAUACUUAAUUGAGGUUGGGUGUGGGUUUUUUUUUUUAAUUGUAAUCAUUUUUAAAGUAUUUUUAGGGAGAAUGUGUGUGAAUGGAAUUUUCUACCUGGAGAUGAUCCAUAAAUUUGUAAGGUGACCACUGUGGUGUUAAUCAUGACUUUCAAAAUGAGAGCGUCAUGCUUUUAUGGGGGUAGGACAUACCUCCUUUCGUGACAGCAGCAGUCGAUCACCACCCCCUGUUUGGAUUUAAUAGAAACCUCUUAAUCAUGCCCUGGUUUUUCUUUCCAGCAAUAUUUUAAAGUUUUGUAAUGAAUAGAAUUGUGAGCAAUAUUUUUUUAAAGAUAGGGCUUUGACGCUGUAAUUCUGUAUCUGACGUGGCACACCUCUAGCUGUGAGGGAAAGAGCCCUUUGCUGCUAAGCUACAUUCCAGGAUGAGAAGAAACGGGCAGUAAGUGCUUCACUUAAAGUUUGACAAUGUUGGGUGUUUUUUUUUUUUUUUUUAAAGAGGUAGAAGACUGAGCUAGACUCAAUGACUUACUGUUUGGUUGAAAAUUGUCUUUAAGUGGCGUUGUCUUGUAAUUAAAAUUUCACCCCACCUUAAAGUAAGUUGUUAGUAUUGGCUGGAGACCCUGUCUUUGAAAGGAUUACGGAGCUGCUUGAAUCCUGGGGUAGUUGUCAGCAUCUUGCUUCCUGUGAAGGCAGCAGUUUUGCGGGAAUGCUCCUUUACCUCCCGUAGCAGACAUUUAAAUGUGCAGUUAGCUAGUGAACUGCAAUUUAGACCCCUGUUCAGUCCUUCGGCUGCACCCUUUGGCUGACAAACCUGGUUUCCUGCUCUGGGUGGAACCGCGUGGUCUUUAGAGUGGAGCUCCAGGCCCCCUGUUUACCAACCACAAAAAUCUGACAGGCCCAACUGGAUUGGGCACCUAUGAGGCAGUUUCCUCACAGAAUAAGCUUGCAGUGACAGUUUUGUCAAAACAAAGCAUUUCACUCAUUCAUCCACCCAGAAGGCACAUAGUGCAGAGGGUUAGUCAGAGGCCUAUAUGCAUGAGACAACCUCUCUAACCAUAGUUUAGGUAGGGCCAUUUUAUUCCAGCCCCUGCUCCUGAAUCUGAGGGUUCGUUUGCAGCUCCACAGCCCUUUUCAGUCUGCUGCCAAACCUUUCUCCCCCUCCCUGGGGCAAAUCGUACAACUGGCCACUAUCUUACGAAGGCUGAGGAGAGAGGGAUAAAAACAUCUCUGUAGCUUUGCUGGCACCUGCUGGGUACAACUAAUAAUCUGGCAGUUGUGGUGGAGCAUUUGCUGGGAUGCUCCUUAUCUAGGUAAUUGUUUCACCUUUCCUGUUUGGUUGCUCUGACAUGCUAUUGCAAGCAGUAUGCACUCUAUUCAUAAAAAGUUUCCCAGUUCUGCACAGCAGGCUUCAUGGGACUUUUAGAGCUACCAAAUGUUUAAUCUGCCCCUAGCACUUAAAGGCAUUUGGUGGCUGUUUAGAUAUGCUACUUUAACUAGUGAAGGAAGUACUAAGGACCUUGACACAGCUGUAACUUAGUUCACAUCCAACCUUGUUCAGUAAAGCCGUGGCAGCACAAAGUUUGAUCUUAUUCAAAACAAAACAAAAACAACUCCUCCUAAGGAGUUUCUUGUUGGUGAGAAGUUUUUCCCUUCCCAAACAAUGGCACAAGCAUUUCCUACAUGUUACAGGCUUCUGCCUUUGCAAGAAAACCCCUUCUUAAAAAGGGACAAGACAUAGAAUAGUGUAACUUUUAGAUAGCUGUGCUGCUCAGGUUCCCUUGAUAGCAUUAAGCACGCUUGUUUCUUCUGUUCACCCUCUGAUAUUAUAUGUCAGUGCUAUCUUCAUGGGACAAAACACAGUGCAAACCAAACUGGAAGACAAGCAAAACUUUUUCCCUUGGGCACUGUUGACCUUUCAGGAGCUUGUUGCCUAAUCCCAGUAGGGAUUCCUAGCUGCCACACCCACGCAACCCCAGCACACUUCUGAGGGACAAGUUUUUAUAAGCAGAAGGUUCUCCUAGUCCAGAUCUUGGAGAGGAGUAGGGGUUGCCACUGGAACUGCUCCUACUGAAGCACUUGGGCUUUUCAUAGAGGGACAGGGAAGAAAAUAGUAGCAGUAGGUAGAGCGAAUCUUACUAAAAGCUAACGACACCUCUACCCCGAUAGAACGCUGUCCUCGGGAGCCAAAAAAUCUUACCGCGUUAUAGGUGAAAUGGCGUUAUAUCGAACUUGCUUUGAUCCACUGGAGUGCACAGCCGCCGCCCCCCUCCCCCGUGCACUGCUUUACCACAUUAUAUCUGAAUUCAUGUUAUAUUGGGGUAGAGGUGUAAAUUAACUUCUACCUUUGCAAAACUGCCUGUGCCCCAUCCCACUUUUCACCUUUUCCUCCUACAAUGAGUUGAUCAGAUUGAGUUUUAAAAUUUGGUCCACCCUGAACUGUGAAUUUCCAGGGACCAGCGCUGCUCAUGUCAAUGUAACACAUGAACAAGGUCUGUAUUUAUAAGAUAUGAAUGUUCUCAGCUAUUCCCAGUCCAGGAGGUAAGCCAGAGACUGGCUUGAUUGUAUAAUAUACACUUUACGGAAGCUAUUUAUAUAUGAAUGAAUGUAUAGAAAGGAAGGCAGGAGAAGCAAGACCUCUGAUUAAUUAAACUGGAAAGGCAGCUUUGGUUUCCAGACUGCAAUCUCCAAGCAAUACAGCUCUAUUAAAGGAUUGACUGACUGAGUUCUGAUUUUAGUAAACUCUAGUUUGCUGAUUUCAUACAAUGUACAAUUACCUUAGAGAUGUUAGUGUCCCAACCGUGGGGUUUUUUACAAGUUUAAUCAAAAUUUAGUUGCAAAUAUGAAGGAGCUUUGUACAUUUUUUUAAGACAAUUGUGAAUUGUCUAGAAUAGCUGUUUACAUCUUUUCUUUACAACAAAUAGGAAAUAUCACAACAGACUUAAAACUGGCAAAUCUUUAUAGAGUGAAUAGUAAAUGACAGGAGCUGUUAUUUUGGACUUUUGUAGUAAUUCAAAGGGAAAGUUGCUGUAGUGUUUAGACAGACCUAAGUGUUCAAUAUUGUUUCUUGUAUUGCAUUUUUCAAUAAAUUUUCAAACUACU